CCGGGGUACACGUGCGUUGACACCCGGUUUAUUCUGUGCCCCGGUGUAUCAACGAGAUUGAGAAUUUUGUAUGGCAGCUUUGCAAAGGUGUCGAACGGCGACUGCGACGACGGGCCCGAUGGAGCAUGCAGCGCCGGAACCGUACCGCGCCAAUAGAGCGUGGCUCAACGCCGUGACCAAGACGACGACAGGCAGCGAGGUCCCGCCCGAGGCCCCAGGACGGGACGUGAUGCCCCCGCCCGCGACGCGGCCGGCGCCGGCCGCGCCCGUCCGAAUCACGGCUGGUGACUCGCAGCACCGCCCGACAGAUAACCCUGGUGACGUCAACUCGUAUGAGUGGAAGCUGCGCGCGUACAAGAUCGCGGUCAAGCGCAACAUUCCGCUCGUCUCGCGCUGCAGCUUUAUCCAGCAGGGGGCGUGCCACCUCUGCAACGGCACGGCCAUCACGAUGGUGGUCAACUUGUGCCCUCAGUUUGAUUACUCGCACUCGAUCUGCGUGCGGCACCUCGAGUCGGUUCUGAACGCGACGAUGAACGAUCUCUUGUGCGGGAAGGUCUUUCCGUGCCCCAUCUGCGCCCACGAAUGCCCGUGCGGCCUAUGCGAGCGCCUCGUUGCCAAGGACUUUGAGUGCUACGAAGGCUGGGAGCAGUCGACCGACGCGAAGCGCGACGCCCGCACGCCGCCGCCGGCCUUGACGGCAAUUCCGUCGGCAGCGGCCCUUCCGGCCUCAGCAGCGCCGCUUGCGACCGUGCGCACACUCAACGCGCAGCACAUUCGCCCACUGGAUGCGUACGCGCGACCGGCAGCAGCGCCAAAGAUGGCAGCCAAGUCGACGGGGCGCAUUGCACUCGCGCCACAGCCGCCUGUGGUGGAUGUGGCCGAUGCGAAGGAGCCUGUAAGCUACAUGGCACCACCCAAGGUCGCGGCGAAGAGUCUUCCGCGCGUCUCUUCCAAGCAGCAAGUCCUCGAGGCCAAGACGCCGUCCUACCUCGAGUCGGACGCGAUGCUCCGUGCCGACAGCAAGGACACGGGGCACGCGCCCCGGCAGCUCAAAACAGCCGCCAAGAGUCUUAUGACUGCCGCGCAGCUCAAGGCACCUGCGUUUGUGCCGCCGCCGGCCCCGCCAAUCCGCCAUGCGCCGAGCGAAGACGAUGACGCGACCGAGGUGUCUGCUGAUGAAAGCGCGUCGACGUCGAGCGGCUCGGACGACGACGAGCCGCGGCUCAAGCCUGUCCGCUUCUUCCACGCGCGCACCGAGUUUGCUACAGAGAGCAAAGGCACGUUUGGCCCGGUCGUGACGGCUGCCGACGCCAAGUCGACGAGCACUGUCUCGGAGCACGGGUCGGCGAACGAAGCGUCGUCAGCCCUCUCGCCCGACGACAAGCCCGAGGCGAAAGAAGUGGCUGCGAGCUUGUCUGCAGACGUUGCAGAAGGUUUGGAUGAAGACGACAAUGACGUCCCGCUGCCGUCGCCGAAUGUGUCGUCGGCCGCGGACGAUGCGUCGAUCGACGAAAACGUCAGCGCCAUGGUGACGGAUGAAGCCACGGAUCUACUCAACAUGCCAUUGGACAACGAGUUGGUGCUGGACAAGAGUGACGACGCUGCGCCGGCAUCACCGCCCCGCGACCAGCGCCCCGAGACUGCACUGGAGACGGCGGUACCGACUCUGGGCGACGCAGCUGCAACGGGGACCAACGAAGAGGACGAUCCGGACAAAGUUGCUGCUGACGUUGUCAGUGCAACGGCUUCCACGAACCCCCCAAUGUCGGUAGACCCUCCACUGCAAGUGGCCGUCGCGCCACCUGAACAAGAGCGCCCGUCAACGGCACCCAAGCAAGCGCUCCCAGCCUCGUCGCCAGAAAAGCAAGCCGCAACUUCCGCACCGUCGUCACCAGCGAUUUCGUUGCCCACACGGACGCCGGCAGCUGCGGUCGGGCUCCCUACACUAGAGUCCCAGCAGACGGCUCCGGCAACCACCGCGGUCACGGCUGCACUGACACCGCCAACGCAAGAAACACCAGCAGCCCCACCACUGACGCCCCCGCAGGCGUCGCCGGCUGCGACCGUUGUGACGUCGCCACAGCAAGUGACGCAGACGCCGGCCUCUCCCGCACGAGUGGCGCCGCCGUCUUUGGCGGCCACGGCCGACGUAUCGACGCCGAUACCACCUCAGCAAGGGACGCCAGCUGCGACGCCCUCUCUUGUGCCAGCAGUGAAAGCGUCGACGCUGGCUUCUUCUCCAGACGCCAAAGCCGUAUCUGCACCAGAAUCGGCCAAAUCAACCCCCGAGCCGGCAGCGCAACAACCGCAAGCAAAGCCCACCAAGAGCAUUGCGCAGACAUUAUUCGCCGAGUUCAUGGCUCCCGAGCCUAGCGUCAAGACGCGCGCGCAGCGCCAGGUAGCACCGCCGCCGGUCAAGCAGACACGCUCGGCCGCCGCGGCGCGUGACGCGCCCGCCGCGAAGCGCGCCAAGACGGAGGAGUCGGCGCCGGCAAAGCGUCCGUCGGUCGACUCGAACACUGCACCGGCCAAGCGCGCGCGGGGUGCUGAGCCCAAGGCGCCGCCGACGCCCGAAAGCGACAGCGACGAUGAGGACAUGGAGGAUGACGACGACGACGAGCUGGACGCGAACCUCGACUACUGCACCAUCUGCAAGGAAGAUGGCGACCUCGUGUGCUGCGACAAGUGCCCGCGAUCGUACCACCUCUUGUGCUUGAACAUGAGCGACGACGACCUUCCGGAAGGCGACUGGGAGUGCGCCGAGUGCACGGGCCACCAGAACGACAUGCGUUUUGACGCUGUCCUCAAGGGUCGCGGCGCCAAAAAAAAGAGCAAGGCGAUGGAGAUUGUGCUCGCGGCGCUGACGACGCACCAGUUUGCCAAGCCGUUUAUGUCGCCCGUCCAAGGCAUCAAGGGCUACGACAAGAUUGUCAAGAAGCGCAUGGACCUCGCGACCGUCCAGCGGCGCCUCACGCAAGGCGAGUACGACAAGAACGUCGGGUUUGAUAAGGCGUUUCUGGACGACCUUGCGCUCAUUUGGGACAACUGCUUGGCCUUCAACGAGCUCGGGUCGGGGCUCUACCGCGCCGCCGUCCACCUCCGCGACCACGUCGCUGCGCUCAUUGCCAAAUUCGAAGCGCUCCACAACAGCUAAGAUCUAAGAUACCGACAGAGGAUGGGAGGUAUAUAUAUUUGCAAAAACACGCCCGCGUCUACUACA